CGACGACCUUGGGUGUACGCCAGCACUGGCGGUGGUCACCGAGGCUCUGCUCCGAGAGGGGGGGGGAGCGGUCUGCACGGCGGUGGAGCACUUCCUGCGGGGCGGGCCAGGCGUUCGAGCCGCGCUCCUGCCAGAAGAGGCCGUGGCGGUGCUCCGCGCCUCAGGCCUCGCCGUCGCCGCACACCCGAAGCUGAGGUUUCCGAAGGAGUACGACUUGUUCAGACUUGUUGAUCUCCCGCGUCGUCUCGGGGGGCCUGUGCCUCCGCAGGGCCCCCAGCACCGCUGGGGGCUUUGCUGUCGUGGUGGCCGGCAGCGCCGGUGCGUGGCAGCGGGCUGGGCGGAGCAGCUGCGGCCCGGAGGGAGAGCUCUGCUGCGGAGGCCCUUGCCAAGAAA